AUGCCCAUUGAACCUUAUGAAACUGAUCUACAUACUCGAGUGCCUAUUUCUGUGGAGCCUAUUGGUGAUCCUAGGACUCAAGAGCAAGGGAAUAUUCAUGUUAGGACUCAAGAGCCUAUUGUUCAUUCUAGAACUCAAGAUCCUAUUAUUGAUGAUGAUCUUAUUCUUGACGAUGAUGUUCUUCUUUCCUCGUUAGCUUCAAAAAAGAGAAAAGAUGGUGAAACCUCAAGUAAGAGGAAAGUCAAAAGCAAGUCCAUAAGAGCGAUGCUUAUGGAUGAAGAUGAUGAGAUAGAUAAAGAUCCUUCAACAUUUGAUAGUGGGAAAUAUCCUUUUCAUAUUGAUGCAGUUGAUCAAUAUGAUAGUGAUGCUAGUUUGAAUGAUAUUAGUGUUGAGGAGUGGGAUGAGUGA